CGGACUAGAGCGACAACUGACCAUCCGAAAGAGACGGGUGUCCCAACCUCCUUGCUCUAGCCCGGGGCCGGCGCUAAGACCCAGGAGGAGCGCCGAGGGGUGGGGGUGGGGGUGCUGAAGCCCGUCGGUCCUCCGGCUGCUCUGGGAGCCUCGGGGCGCGGCGCGGCGCGGCGCGGGCAUGGCUCGCCCGGCGUGGGGGUUGCUGUGGCUGCUGCUGGGCAGCGCGGGCGCGCAGUACGAGAAGUACAGCUUCCGAGGCUUCCCUCCGGAGGACCUGAUGCCUCUGGCCACGGCCUACGGCCACGCUCUGGAGCAGUAUGAGGGUGAGAGCUGGCGCGAGAGCGCGCGCUACCUGGAGGCGGCGCUGCGGCUGCACCGGCUGCUGCGCGACAGCGAGGCCUUCUGCCACGCCAACUGCAGCGGCCCCACCGCCUCGCAGCCCCGGCCGGCGCCCGGCCCGGACGAUGACGGCGAUAGCGAUGGCGAGGACUGGGCGCGCGAGCUGCGGCUCUUCGGUCACGUUCUGGAGCGCGCCGCCUGCCUGCGGCGCUGCAAGCGGACGCUGCCCGCCUUCCAGGUCCCCUACCCGCCGAGGCAACUGCUGCGCGACUUCCAGAGCCGCCUGCCCUACCAGUACCUGCACUACGCGCACUUCAAGGCGAACCGACUGGAGAAGGCGGUGGCUGCGGCCUACACCUUCCUCCAGAGGAACCCCAAGCACGAGCUGACCGCCAAGUAUCUCAACUACUACAGGGGGAUGCUGGAUAUCGGAGAUGAGUCCCUUACGGACCUAGAGGCCCAGCCCUACGAGGCUGUGUUCCUCCGGGCUGUGAAGCUCUACAACAGCGGAGACUUCCGCAGCAGCACAGAAGACAUGGAGCGGGCCCUGGCUGAGUACAUGACCGUCUUUGCUCGGUGUCUAGCUGGCUGUGAGGGGGCCCAUGAGCAGGUAGACUUCAAGGACUUCUACCCAGCCAUAGCAGAUCUCUUUGCAGAGUCCCUACAGUGCAAGGUGGACUGUGAAACCAACCUCAUCCCCAACGUAGGUGGCUACUUUGUGGACAAGUUUGUGGCCACCAUGUAUCACUACCUACAGUUUGCCUACUACAAACUGAAUGACGUGCGCCAGGCCGCCCGCAGUGCUGCUAGCUACAUGCUCUUUGACCCCAAGGACAGUGUCAUGCAGCAGAACCUGGUGUAUUACCGCUUCCACCGGGCUCGCUGGGGCCUUGAAGAGGAGGACUUCCAGCCCCGGGAGGAGGCCUUGCUCUACCACAACCAGACCUCUGAGCUCCGGGAGUUGCUGGACUUCGCACACAUGUACCUUCAGUCGGAUGAUGAGAUGGAACUGGAGGAGACAGAGUCACCCCCAGAUAAAGUGGAGGAGACAGAAGAUCUCCCAUCCGAUGCCGAGUUUGAAGGGGAUGGCGACUAUGAGGAGGGCCUCUAUGCAGACUGGUGGCAGGAGCCGGAUGCCAAGGGCGACGAGGCCGAGGCUGAGCCAGAGCCUGAACUGGCUUAAGAGUGGUGGUGCA